AUGGAGACCGUCAUCCUCGAGAAGACGAUCAUCAAGCUGGGCUCCCUCCUCGCGCUGGGGUUUGGUGAGGCCGGUGCGAACAUCGUCAGCUCCAACAUGGACGGUGCCAACUCCGGGGUGAAUGCCAUGGUCGAAGGUUCCAUGGUGAACUGCAUAGUCGGAGUCGUGCGGAUUCUCAACUUCAGCACGGCCACGGAAGUUCUCCAGGGAAAGGUCAUGACCUUCGUGAACCAGAUUGCGGAGAUUGUCCACGGUGUGGUUGACGAGUGCUGGGGCGCUGUCAACAAGAACGACGGUGACAACUUCCUGGUCAUCUGGAGACUUGGAGAGCUGUCCCCCAAUGAGGUCCACUACCAGAUGCCUGCACAACUCCCUGAAUUCAGCAUGUGA